CGCCUUCUUGCCUUGCCUCUCCUCACCACGAUAUGAGCAUAUGCUGACCCUCAACAUCGGCCGCCAGACAUGAGGCCCACAUUAUCGUGUGGAGGGAUCAAGGGGAUCUUCCCUCUGCUGAAGAAGGAGUGCCCUCAAGUCUUUCACCCGCUCCCCUCCCUCUUUGCUCUCUCCGGCACCCGUCUCGCGAUUGAUGCCACCCUCCUCGUGCAACGCUUCCACUUCACGGCUCACGACCCGCAUCCUGCCCGCCACUUGAUCGGGUUCCACCGGCUCAUCACCUCACUCCGCAACAAUGACGUGUUUCCCAUCUUCGUCUUCGAUCACCUGACAUCACGACUGGCGGCCAAGGCAAGGGAGGCAGAUAAGAGGCGCGAAAUGAGGCGUUUGACGAGGAGGAGAAUGAGGGUGGAGGAAAGGAGAAGGGAGAGAUUGGACGGCUUGAGACGGUGGGUGGGGGAGUUGGGCAAGUUGGACGAGGAGGGACGCAGUGAGGUCAGGAGGAUGUUGAGGCAAGCCAGACAGAUCGAUGUGGGUGAUGGCUCAGGCCUAGUGAGCGACGAGCUCGUGGACGAGGCGGCCAAUCGCGCUCUGCUUGAAGAGGUGCAAGCCGCCCCUUCGCUCGUGGAGUCAGGCCAGUCCCUCCAGACCUUGACUGAGCGCAACGCCCGGCUACUCGAAGCAGCAAGCAAGGAGGGCGAAGACACGGGAGCCGUGACGCCCUCUCUUUUCUUUUAUGAAGCCGAAGAGACGGCUCAAGCUCGCUCGACUGCCCUCGGCCUCGGUUCACCUGGCGCUUCACCCCCUCCAACACCUCAAGACCUGGCCGUCCAAUUCGAAUGGCUUCAGCAAGAUUUCUGGCGUUCGUCCUUCAGCAGCUCAUCCGUGUCGUCGGUUGCGCUACAAGCCUCCACACCUGCUCAGCUCAAGAUGGACGACUUUGAAUCGAGGCUGUACGAGUAUCUGGCGCACAGCGAGCUGGUGGACCCCGCAGCUGCGACUAUGGAGUCGAUUCAGGAUGCGAUAGGUGCGCGGGAUGAGCAGCAGGAGGCAGCCGCAGAGGUGACCAUACCUCCAGCAAUGCAGUCCGCCCCUGCUGCUCGAACGCCGCUCACACGAACCGACCUCGACGCCAUCUCGUCCCGCGCUCAUGCGCUGCGCCAGUCCUACGUCCGCUCCUCCUCCCCUCUCCCGACUACAAUUUUCGAUGACUGCGCCCAUCUCUGCACCCUGCUCCGCGUGCCAGUCCUAUGGACCGGCUCGGGGAAUCCACACGGCGGGGCCAAAGGUGAGGCCGAGGCCCUGGCCGCUAGUCUGGUAUUGCAGGGCCAGGCAGACGUGGUUGCUACCGAGGACUCUGAUGUGUUGCUGGCUGAAGUGCCAUUAUUGAGGGGCUUGACAGGAAGUAAGCGCGGCAUGGAGCUUGUCGAUUCGAGGGGAGCUAGAAGAGGGCUGUUUCCGCCGAAGGUCGAGGCGCCGAGGAAGGCGACCAGAAAAGGCGGCGCUGCGCAGGAUGGGCUGGCGCCUACUCAAGACCAAAUCCAAGAUCAACCGACAUCCUCGGAUUCGCCCGACAACGCUGCCCUCGCUCGCGCAGACAAGCUCUCCAGAUACGCAAUGCUCGAGUUUGCCCUCCUCUGCGGCACGGACUACAAUCGCACCAUCACUGGCCUGGGUCCGCGCGGGGCUUUGAAGCUGCUGCGGGAGCAUGGUGGGACAAUCAGAGGCGUGCUGAAGGGGACAGGGGCGCUCAAUGCUGCUGGUGCUGAAGGCUUUACCGCGACAUCCUCUAGCGCAGAGAGGGAAGAGGCGGCUAGCAGUUCCAGUCAUUCUACGUCCCCGCCGACGUUGCCUACUUCUUCAUCGUCGAGCGGCAGCAGCACCUCCGCCAAGACCUUCUCGCCUCCCGACAAUCUUACGUGGAAAGAAUACGGCGGCGAGCUCUCUCGCGCUCGCUCCGUGUUCCGCAAUCCACCCGAUGCGAUGCGUGCGUUGAGACUAGCGGGGAUCGGGGCGUGGACGGAUAAAGGCACGGCCAGCGGUGUUGCGGCUGCGGGUCAGCAGCAGCAUGAUGUAGAGAAGGAUGAGCAGGGUGAGGAGGGAUUGAGCAUCCCUGAACCGGCAGAAAUGUCGAUUAUGGAUCGUCUGGCCAGUACUGCCCGCCCUGCGCACCCUGCUCUUCCUUCCACUGCCCCUACCGCUACUUUCUCGACUCCAGCAGCGCAGCAGUCCGACGCGAUCGCGGAGGAAGCCGAGACGCAUGUAGGCUUCGAGGAGCUCGCGGGCAAGCGACACUUUCGCGUCCCCGAGUACGAUCGCAGGGCGGUCGCUGAGUUCCUGCGGCUGAAGGGACUCGGAGCAGCGAGCAAGGGCGAGGGUCAGGGAGGAAACGCCGAGGCCAAUGAGUUGGCAGGCGAGCCAGCGGAGACGAGGGCCGCAGCAUCGUUCUGGCCGACGCCGGAGGGCGCAGGGCAGGAGAGUGGCUUCGGGCGGGCCUUUGGCGGAGAAGUAGCUUCUAGACGAUUUGCUUUUGAUCUGUAGCGUGGCAGUCCACGCGCCCACAAUGUACCAUAGAACACACACACACAAUGACACGAGACCAUCAUGACC